AUGUCCGCCUCAGCAUCAGCAUCGUCCCUUGGCCUCCUUCCCAACGAGCUGCUGGACCUGAUUCUCUCUGAACUGUCUACCGAGCCGCCCUCCGCGCGGAAGCUACAUCAUCCGCCGAGCCUCGAGCUCACCCAGUCUCGCACCAAGGACCUGAAACAUCUGGCCCAGAGCUCGUCGGCCUUGCUGGACUUCGUGCGUCCCUGGCUCUUUCGCCAUGCACGGCUGGAUUUGUGCGAAGAACCGGCGUUUCGCUCGUUCGUGACUAACUCCGGAUUGAAUCGAUAUGUGACCUCCAUUGUAGUGAUCGGGAUCGACUCGCCGGAUCACCGAGCCGAUCCACGCUGGUGGCGAAGCGUGAUUCAAUACAUCGACCCCGUUCGGUUCACCGUGCUGGCGCCGCCCGCGUUUAUGGGCAAGACGCUCGGCACUCCGAUCAUGGAUGGCGACAGCUGGGCAUUUGAUAUCCCACUGCAGGUCCUGCAAUUGGAAUGUGACCGAUCGACCGACGUCCCAGACUCGGGUUCACAAUCUAGCCUGUUGCCGCUGCGGCCGUGGAACUCGUUAUCCUUCAACGAGUCCUCCUCGCUCAGAGCAUACAACCACUACGAGUACUUCCAGUUCCAAACACCUUCUGUGCUGGGGGAAUGGGGAGGCACCCGGCAUGUCCCGCUGACAUCUGGACAAGACCUGUUUGUCCCGCAGUCGCUGCGUGGCCUAACCGCAUUCUCGUAUACGGCAGUGUUCCCGUUCUAUAACCAUGUUCGCCUCGUGCUGGAUGCAUUAGCCCUGAUGCCGAACCUACGCUCUUUGAGUAUGCAGCUGGGUCCGGAGGAGGGCAAUACAAUCACCGAGACCGAGCAGCGGGGUUCAAUGGACCCCAGUGAUCCGUGGAUGGAGCUUGAGACGUCGUAUUCCCUAAUCGGCCACGCUGUGAAGCACGAUCUCCACGUCUUGGAGGUAUUCAGCACGCGUGAUUUCCAGCUCCAAGCCAUCCGGCCGGAACUGCUGGCCAUCGUGAAUGAACAUCUGGGCAAUGACUCAGGGUGGGUGCACGAUGGUCGAGGGAUGUGGAUGCGGGGAGGAGACCACGCAUAA